AGUUAUGGCACUAAACGCUUUAAAAUUUCGCAUCAUUAAACCUAGCGAUCUGGCGAAAAUACAACAAUUCUAUAUUAAGAACUUCUAUAGAGAUGAACCGGUUUUUAGUUCAAACCCCAAACUUAUUCCCGGUCAAAAGGAUCAAGAGGAUAUAGCCGAGUGUGUAAAUCAAGGAACCAGUGUCCUGUGCUAUCGAAAUACCGAAGAAGGUGGCGAUGAAGAAAUUCUUGGCGGCCUACUAUCAAUGCCAAAGAAUCGUUUUUAUGUAAAAGAUCUCUUGCAAGCAUCCGAACAAGAAGGCAACACCAAAUAUGGCCACUAUCUGAGAAUGUUGGCUCUGCAACAUCAAAAGGCUGAUAUUUGCAGGCGUUAUAAUGUCGAUGAAGUAUUUUUCACUUAUAUGGUAUCGGUUGAUCCCAAAUGGCGUGGCCAGAACCUGGCUAAACGUUUACUCGAUGAAUCGGUAAGUUUGGCCACCACUUUGGGUUUUAGGGUCUACACGGCAGAUUGUACCAGUCACUAUUCGGAUCGUAUCUGCAGCAACGUGCCGAAGAUGGAGAAAUUGGUUUCGUUGAAAUACAAGGAUUUUGUGGAUGCCAAUGGCAAACCACAUUUCAUUGUUCCCGAACCGCAUCAGGGUGUCACCACAUAUGCCUUACAAUUGCCAUGGCCGUUUAAAGCUUUCCAGGGGUGAAAAAUAUCUAAAUUG